AUAUAGCUGUGUGUAUAUAGCUGUAUUCCUUGACUGUGCUGUUAGUUAUGGAUCACCAGGGGUGGAGUUUACAGGACUACACAGAGACACUGCAGCCGUAGCGCAGAUACACUUCCUCCAAGGACAGGGCCGUCUGUUGUCGCUGCUUGAUGACAACACGCUGCACCUGUGGGAGCUGGGCGGAGCUUCCCAGGACAGGGGAGGGGCUAAGAGCGAGGGUGUGGUCUACCUGGAAGAAAAACGCAACUACAGUCUCCUGGGACGACCUGGACUAGAGAGCUGCAGUGCAAGCCGUGUGACAGUUCUGCUGUUGUUGAGGUCAUGUGACCUGCUGUGUGUCGGCACCGAGGGAGGGGGCAUACACUUCCUGGAUCUGCCACGCCUCUCGUUGAGGGAUAACCAAUCACUCCUGCUGGACCAGGUAAUGCAGAGCGUACCCGAGGACUACAGGUGUGGGAAGUCUCUGGGACCGGUGGAGUCGUUACAGGAACACCCCAAGCAGCCAGGGAAGAUUCUGAUUGGCUACAGCAGAGGCCUGGUCGUCCUAUGGGAUCUCAGCACCCGCAACGCAGAACACAUGUUCCUGGGAAAACAGCAGCUGGAGUCCCUGGUGUGGGAACGUUCCGGUAGCUCCUUCGUCAGUUCCCAUAGCGACGGGGGGUACAGCGUGUGGGCUGUUGCCAGUGGUAACACGUACACACACCAGCCCGUGUCCUCGUCCAUCCCCUAUGGUCCGUUCCCUUGUAAAGCCAUCAACAAGAUCUUAUGGAGGACGAUUCAGUCAGGGUGUCCAGUAGUCCUCUACAGUGGAGGAAUGCCCAGGGCCAGUUACGGAGACCGUCACUGUGUGACCAUCCAACAGGACAAACAACACGUCACGUUAGACUUCACAUCCAGAGUGAUAGACUUCUUCACCAUCCACACCACUGACCCGGAGCACGACUAUGAUGAUCCUAAAGCCCUCGUGGUGCUACUGGAGGAGGAGCUGGUUGUAAUAGACCUCCUGACCACCGGGUGGCCCUCUGUCCCUCCUCCCUACCUGACCCCCCCCCCCCCUGUGUUAAUAAUGUGUGUUUCCUCUCCCAGACUAUGA